CACCUAUGUGAAGGAAAGGCUUCACCCCACCUAUGUCAAGGAAAGACUUCAUCUCACCUAUGUCAAGAAAAGAUUUCACCCCAUCUAUGUCAAGUAAAGACUUCACCUCACCUAUGUCAACAAGGAAAGACUUCACCCCACCUAUGUCAAGGAAAGACUUCACCUCACCUAUGUCAAGGAAAGACUUCACCUCACAUAUGUCAAGGAAAGACUUCACCUCACAUAUGUCAAGGAAAGACUUCA